AUGGUAGGGCCGAAGUAUGAGAAGGCGCGCCUCCCCACUUCAUGUUUGACUCUAGGAAAGUGCAACAACUUGUCCUGCCUCGUGCUGCGGACAGAGACAUCUCGACGAGAGAGAAGUCUCUCACACAGAGCUAUAUCAGCACUCAGUCGUGGCUAUGUCACUAUGUUGCUGAGACUACUGUUGUGCCUUAUGCUGAGCCGUUGUUGCUUUAGCACUUUCCAUCAUCUCGUACAGGAUGCUGAGGAGGACCAUCUCCUGGCCAGUGUUUACGAUGCUGAGCAUGCUGCGGUGUUGGAUGAUAUCUGGGAUGACUUCAAGAAUAUGUUCAACAAAACAUACUCUUCGCGGUCUGAGCCUCUAAGGAGACUGGCUUGGGAAGAGAACUUACUGAAGGUCCACCUGCAUAAUGAAGAGGCUGCUAGAGGAAUGCACAACUACACCUUGAGAGAAAACCACUUGGCCGAUCUGACUUUAGAGGACUACAUCAGAGAGAUGGUGAGACUAACACUCAGUCGACGGAGGAAAUGCGAUGAUUCUGACAUUCUAAUGGCUGCCAACCCAAUGGCCAUACCUGAAGAGCUGGACUGGAGACUGAAAGGAUUCAUUACUCCUCCCAUGAACCAAGAGGACUGCGGUGCUUGCUACGCCUUCAGUAUCGGAACCUUGAUUCAGGCUCAGAUAUUCAAAUAUACUGGAAAACUAAUUCCUUUGAGUGAGCAGCAAAUAGUGGAUUGUUCCGUUCGCACUGGGAAUCUUGGUUGUAGAGGAGGAUCUCUACGCAACACGAUGCGUUACGUCAAGGAACACGGACUUAUGAAGUAUGACGAUUACCCUUAUAUAUCACAGCAAAAAUCUUGCAAGUACAGUCCAAGUCUUGCACUCGUUAACAUCACAGACUGGCGGACUUUGCCUCCGAAGGACGAAGAGGCGCUCAAGGUGGCAGUGGCAACUAUCGGACCAGUGGCUGUCUCAGUCAACGCUAGCCCACACACCUUCAUGCUCUACCACAGCGGCAUAUAUCACGAUCCCGAGUGUUCCUCCGAUGCAUUGAACCACGCCAUGCUGCUGGUCGGCUACACUCCACAGUAUUGGAUACUGAAGAACUGGUGGAGUGAGCACUGGGGAAUGGAAGGUUACAUGUACUUGGAGCGAGGGACCAACCGAUGCGGAGUCGCUAACUUUGCUGCCUACGCUGUUAUCUGACAGAUCAAACAAUGGCUCAUCUACAACUACUGUACCUGUAAUCUGAUUUAUGAUAAUAUUUAACUUAUAAAAGCACAAAUUCACUAUAUGAAACUUUAUAAUGAAAAAUUUUGU